GGUGGAAUUAGUAAAAUACACCACUUCACCUCUAGGUGUCAUCAUAAACCAUGCAAAAAUAUUUGCCCAUUGGACUGAAAGCUGACACUGAGGAAAAGGGAUGCAGUAUUUUGUACAAUACACAGGGAAAUAUGUAAGGCUUUACUCUUAGCAUUGAUGCUAAUUAGUGCUAAUUUCCUUAAGGUAAACAUUUUUAUCUAUUCUUAAAUUUUCUUAUCAAUAACCCUUCAACCAUUACCGGUCAACCCUCUUAUCAAGAAAGCUCCCAGAAUGCACCUUGUUUGACAUUUCUAGUAUAACUUUGCCUCUGUCCCAACUUUGUUUCACUUUCUAAAUGUGUUAAUUUUUAACAAAAAUAUAUUCAUUUUCUUUUCUCUCCCGCCUGAAAUGUUAAGCUUCAAGUGAGUUACCAAUCAACCAACUUUGGUUUUUAUUCUUCUUGCUCCUUUGAAAACUAUUUCCUCAUUCAUUUUCACACACACAAUCGAACACCCCCCCUCGCCCCACCCCACACAUAUACACACACACACACACUCAGACCAAAGCGUUUACUGCGCCGUGUUUUAUAGUUGAGCCGUGUUUAAUUAUUUACCCCAGUCCCUCCUGCACUACAGCGGUGUCAGUUGCCACCACACAAGGUUCGCCUCCUCUCCUCAACACAAUGUGCUGACACCAGUAGAAGGGCUGACUCCUCUGUUCCUUCAGGUCGUGGUUCCUCUGCUGGAGGACAGACAGAAACGCCGACCUUCUCCACUAUUCUACUUUGGAUAAAAAACACCAUCAACCAUGAGCAGCAGUCAGCUACACCACUCCACCUUGGACAUUUACUCACACCUGAUAGAUGAUUUCAACCAGAGCGUGCUGAAACUGGUUUCACUUGGAGACCAACAUCUCCAAGCUUUCAAGGCUCUGAGUGUAACAGGUGACGCCUAUUUCAGUUUGCUGUCAGCGAUUGGACAGAAGGCCUACCACACCACAUCCUCACGCUCCUUAGGAGACGUCCUGCUUCAGCUCUCUGAGAAUCACAAGAGACUGAUGUUGGAGUUGGAUGGAGUGUUUCGGAGAUUCAACAUGGAGGUCGUGAGGAUGAUGGAGAAGAACAGUCAACUGGACAGGAAUUAUUUAAUAGACAGCAGGAACUACUAUGAGACUGAGGUCCACAACAGAGCAGCAGCAGCAGCGCAGGAGAGACACAUGAGGAGAGGAUACAACCAGGAUGGUGACUAUUUACAAUUCCUGAAGGAGAGCAAUGCAGAGGCUGUGGAGGAGGAGGAGCGGAGAUACCGCUUCCUGGCUGAGAAGCACUGUGGACUGAUGCAGUCUGUCGCCAUAUUGAUGACCAAGAUGGGUCCAAAUCUCCAGCAGAGGGCUGGCAUGUGGUCUGAAGAGGUCAACGUCACCAGACAACCAUCAGUGGGACAACUGAGUCCUGUGGGAAACUCGAUGGGGAUAAAGGUUGAGGAGAUCAGACCGAGGAGGGAGGAGAUACCACUGGGCAAAAUACCUUCCAGGGCUCCGUCUCCCGUGGGGAGCAUUUCUCACUCUGCAGAAGAGUCACUGAGGGGCAGAUCUGCUAAAGCCCUGGUGGCCCACCAGCCCUCUGCCUCUCACCCCACUCUACUGCCAUUCUCUAAGGGAGAGGUUAUUACUGUGCUGGUGCACCAGCCCAGGAACGGCUGGCUGUUUGGACGAGCCGGCAGCAGCUCACGUCAGGGAUGGUUUCCAGCCUCUUAUGUGGAACUGCUGGAUGAUCUUCCAAAGUCAAACAGCUACAGCUUGAGUAACGCUUCACUCGAAAGCAACUACAACAGGAGCAACAACGACAGCAGGAGCAACAACUACAGCAGGAGCAACUACGAGAGCAGGAGCAACAACAACAGCAGGAGCAUCAGCAUGAGCAGCAUGAGCAGCACGAGCAGCACGAGCGGAGCUGCACCGCCGCCGCCUCCUCCUCCUCCACCUCCACCAUCAUCCUCAUCAUCAUCAAUGUCUUCAAACAGACACUCUACUCCGCCCACUGCUGACAGGAGGGUUGAGUCCAAUCCAGAACCCAAGAGACCUCAGCCUCGACACUCACACCCGGAGCUGUUUCCCAGGGGCACCAACCCAUUUGCCACAGUGAAACUGAAGCCCACCCACACUGAUGACCGAUCAGCACCAAAAGUGUAUCGCAACUGAUGUUUUAACCUUUGACCUGCCAUGCACGUGUGGGUAUGCACACAGUCGGAUCAUCCCAGAGAGGAAUUCAAUAUUUAAUUCCUGAGGUUUUCGUUGAACCAAUGAAACUAGUUGUUAAAAUACAUUAGUGUUAAUCGUGUACAGCUGAUGUCAGUAAUUAGUGCUGUAGCUAAAUUAAAUAACAUUUAAAUUUUUUUACUUUUAGUAAAUUUACAUAUUUUAUUGCUCGGGGUGCCAUUAAGGUAUUUCUUUUUUCUUUUUUUUUCUACUGCCACUGUAAUGUGUGUGAUUAGGCUAUGCAUCAUAUAUAAGGAGGCUAAUUCUCUUAAAAUAGACUGUGGGAAGACAUUACAUAAGCUCUGAGAGAUGAUGUAAUAUUUUGUGAAAAUAUCAUAUUUUACAGACAGAAAAAAACAAAAAAAAAAAAAAAUUGGGGAAAAACAUUCAAGAAAUCAUCGCAACUUUCAUUUCCUGACGUCGGUUUGUCAAAGCUGCAGACGUGAGCCUGGUGAUAUGAUGAUGGGGUUUCUAUAUUGAAAUAUAUAGAAACUAUUGAUGUUCAUUAAUUAUUGUUACAUUUAAGUUUUUUUAGCUUUGAUUUCUCUGUGACAUAACGAAUCUCCCAGCACAAUAAACCAAAAAAUGAUUUUGGUGUUUGGAACAAUGAAAUAACUUCUAUCAAAACUCUGGCACUCUGUCGUGCAACUUUUAUUAAAUUGCCUUUUUUUUGUAUCACGUUGGAUGUUUAUUGCUGGUGAGGAGCAGCUUUUUCUCUGCCAAGUGGUAAAGAGGACACGGCCCUGUCAUAAAUCCUGGCUCUCUGCUAAACAUUUGUCUUUCUUAUAAAUCCUACUGUCCUCAACAGUCCGUUGGGAACCACUCGUCUGAGCUAAAUUGUUCUCUCCUUGUGCAACCGAUCGCCUCCCGGCUUCCGAUCUGUGUUUAUUUGCCCAGGCAGUAAAAUGUCCCACUAAACGAGAUCAGGAUUCCAAUGUUCUCUGCUGGGGUUUUCCACCGGGGGAUUGUUAACCCAGAUCAAACCUCAGCGUGAAUCCAAUUCCUCUAAUGGCCUGGAACUGUGGUACUGUUAAACUGGCCCGGCGUUCGCUGAUAAAGACGGAGAUAUAUGGAAUAAAGGGACCUCUUCCAUCCUU